AUGUCUUCCUCCUCAGGAGUUAACGUGUUGCGAUACACGGCCCUCGGCCUGGGUGUGUUCUACGGUUUCACACAUCAGCGAUCGAUCACAGCAAGCCAGAAGGCUGCUGCCGCCCAGAAGGAGUAUGAGCGCAAGGAGAAGUUGAUCGAACAGGCGAAGGCCGAGUUUGCGAAAAAGAACGAGCCACUCAAGUCGGCGGCUGCUGAUGCUGGAGAACGCGACUUGAAAGAUGACCCGCCAGGAUCGUGCUGA